AUGGCCGAAGCUAUUUCUAACUGGAAAGAGACCACACAGGGCUCACCAGAGAGGGUAGGGAUUUUUGAAAGCGACCCUAUAGGUGAACAGAGGCGCGAGGAAUACUUCAUAUGGAAAAAGAAUGCGCCACUGCUGUACGACUAUAUUCAAACUACAUCUCUGUUGUGGCCCAGUCUUACAGUCCAAUGGUUUCCAGAUUUAGAGGAUAUUGCAGAUACAGAUUACCAGCAACAUCGCUUGUUGCUGGGAUCACAUUCGAGCGGUUUCAGUAAAUGCGAAAGUCUUAAUUUGUACGGACUGAAAACGCUCCGGCAAUCAGCCAAGCUUGUGGAUAUCGCAACAGACUAUGAUCCAAUGAAAAAUGAGUUCAUUGCCAAGCGCAAUGACUGGCAUGCCACCAAAAUGUCGCUGGUACAGAAGAUUCCUCACAGAGGAGAGAUUAAUAGGGCCCGCUACAUGCCGCGGAAUCCAGACUUAAUAGCGACUAUCACCAACAAGGGACAUUUAUAUAUGUUUGAUCGCACCAAGAAACCAAACAACUUUACGGAGGACGAGAUUGACGACAGCGACGACUUUUCUGACAUCAAGCUGGAGUUUCACCAAAGCGAAGGAUGGGGGCUCGACUGGAACAGAUACAAAGAAGGAGAAUUGGCUUCUGGCUCCUCAGACGGUACGAUAGCUUUAUGGGAUGUUACCAAGUUCAAAAAAAAUACUCCUGACAGAAAGUCAGCCCCGACGACUGCCACUGGACUUGAGAUCCAGAAACGCAAAUACAAGACCUCGACUCUUCGGCCGACUAAGACGGCUGCUGCCCAUGAUUACGGAGUCAAUUGUCUAGAAUACCUCUAUUUUCACCAGAAUCUGAUAGGAACGGUGGGGGACGACAAAAAGCUCAAGAUUUUCGAUACCAGGGCUCACAUGAGUUGCGUCAAAGAGGGAACUCUGUCGGACUCUCCGAUCAAUGUGGUAGCAUUCAGUCGAGUCAAUGAGUUUGGCUGUGCCAUAGGAACCGAAACAGGAAACAUCUCUCUCCACGAUCUACGACAUUUAGAGGCUCCGGUGAGAAUAGUCAACAAGUCGCACAAUGGAGCGCUCACUUGCGCGUCUUGGAACCCGGACAAUGGAUCACUACUUGCAACGGGAUCUUCGGAUGGUACUGUCAAACUAUGGGAUUGGUCUUGUGACCCAAGUGAAGAAUUGCGUUUCGUUCAUGGGGGACACAUGCUUGGCGUGAAUGACCUUGACUGGAACCCGCACGAUGCCAAUAUGCUAGUGAGUUGUUCCGACGACAAUUCUGUCCAAGUUUGGAAACCAGCAUCAACUAUUCUGUAA